CUCAAUUCCAGGAAUCAUCUCACUCGAUAAGCUGUCUCUACCGAUCUGCGAAAAGAACUGAUUAAUUCGCCAUGGUAUGUUUGCACGAUGACCUAUCCUUGAAGUUGCCAGAGCUUUGCUGAUACACACAACCGUAGCCUUCCGCAAGCCGUCCUCUUUACAAGUGAGUUGCUCUCCCUCGAUGCGCCCACCACGACAUAACUACCAUGGGUGGAAAGACAUGAGGAAUCAGAAGGGCUAAUGGUUUCUCGAAUUUAGCUUUCUCUUCCGAAAGAACUACGUGUUCCUCGGUGCUGUUUUCGCCUCUGCCUUCGGAUUCGAAAUGUAUGUUUACUUGCAUGUUCGGGAUAUAUGGAAAGGAAACUGGGAACUGAUGCAUGAUAGGGCGUAUGAUUCAAUCACAGAUAGAGUUUGGGAUUCUUUAAACAAGGGCGUAAGUGAUUCUACCAGAGGAUAUAGGGAGGAAAUGUGCUGAUGGAUAUGCAUAGCGUCAAUGGAAAGAUAUCCGUUCGAGAUAUGUUGAGGCUGCGGACGAUGAAUAGAUCGUCUAUGGGACAGAAAGAUGCUAGGGGGGUGAAUACGAACUUUAUGAGGACAAGAGGAUGUUAGAGGAAAGAAUCGGGGCGUCAGUAUUGGGCAGGGCGCUUUCAUUGGAAGUGUAUAAAAGACAUUCGAGACUGUAGCACCAUACAGGCAUAAAAGCAAGAUUACAAAGACCAGUACUGCGAUGACAUUGCCUCCCGCUAUUCUCCAUACUGUUUGUUGGAAGUAAAGGUAGAAUAUAUGUGAGAAUCAGAAGUUCUAAAGAUUUGCGGCAAUUAGAGGUUUUGA